AUGGAUUCUUCUUCACGACCACGCCGAGUUAGUCAAAAAAAGGAAAAUCGUUUAGAACUUCUUAAGCGUAUUCGCGAAGCCAAGGAGCGCGGUGAACGUUUUGUGGUUAUGAGCAAACUUAUGCAAAGAUUGUUCAAGAACGAAUUGAAGAUGAUUGGAUUGUUGAUGAUGGCAGGUUUUUAUUCUAUGCCACUACGAAAUCCUUUAGGUGGACUUGGAUAUGCCGAUGACGGUCGGGAAAUAUUUGAUGAUCAUGAUGGCGAUCUUGAGGAGGAAGAAUCCCAUAAUAAGCCUCAUCGUGGUUCUACCUCAUCGAAAAAGAAGACCAAUCCCGAUAUUAGGUCGUCUGUGUCCACCAAAGGAGGGUCAAAAGAUAUUCGUAGUAUGUUCUCUACGUCUGCCUCUCGACAAAAAAAGCGUAUUAUGGAUGCUGGCGCUGAAGAUGCUGCACUAGACGAUCUAUUGGCUGAACUGGAUACCGAUAUCCAAAAUGAUCCCCCUUUGAAAAAGUUGAAGGUUGACAAGCCAAGAAAAAGUCUUCCUAUCAAAUCAGUCUCUCAACCGCAGGCGGUAGUUGCCAAACCUCGUCGUGAAACUUCACAUUAUCCCAAAUCUCGACCUCCUCAAUCACAAUCGUCGACAACUUCACGUCCUAGAAAUCCAUAUUCUGUUAAGCCUCAACCAGCAGAAGUCAUUAUUGCAAAACCUUCACCAGUGAACCAAGAAACGGUUACCCAGACUGUACAUAUUUCUGAGCCAAUGGAGGACGAUUUUGAAGACCACGAUUUUCCAGUUGCUGAAACGGAUGAAGUUCAGCAUAGUCCUGAAAAGGAACUUGAAUCUGAUAUUCCAGCCAUCACAAAUUGGCUAAAUGAAGAAGGCGAAGAUGCAGAGGCCUCAUUUGUUGAAAUGGAUAACUCCGGAAAUUCCACAGCGAUAGAUGAUUCUGGUGCUCUGCGUUUUUUCUGGUUGGAUGCUUAUGAAGAUGUGAAAAAUCAACAGGGCGUUGUGUUUCUUUUCGGGAAAAUUCCCUGUAAGGAUGAUCCAACUGGGUUUUGUAGUUGCUGUGUUCGUCUGAAAGAUUUGGAACGCCGACUAUUCUUUCUACCCCGACCUGAUUCGCAGUACACGGUUAAAGAUGUAUACGGAGAAUUGCGUGAACUCAGUGGGCAAUGGAAGAUUGGAAAGUUCAAGUGCAAACCAACAACAAAAAAGUAUUGCUUCGAUCUUACCGAUGUUCCAAGCGAAUGCGAAUAUUUGGAAGUUAGAUAUUCCGCAACCUAUCCGUCCCUUCCUCCUGAUCUUACUGGCAAAACAUUCUCCCGUGUGUUUGGAACAUCAGCCUCAUUUCUUGAGAAUCUGGUGCUUGAUCUAAAGCUCCGUGGUCCAUGUUGGUUGGAGAUCAAGGGAGCAGUUCCCCUUCAACCUCAGUUGAGUUGGUGCAAAGUGGACUACGAUUUCUCAAGUCAGCAACCAAACAAAAUAACCAAAUUGGCUGAUGUUGUGACAAAUCCUCCUCCAGCUCCGCCUAUUCGAAUGGUGGUAUUGGAUGUCAAGUCAGUGGUUCGCAAAAAGAGCAAUUCUGCUGAGAUAAUAUCGGUGGGUGUGUUGAUUGACAAUCACUUCCACUUGGACAGGCCUGCUGGCAAAAAAGCAUUCCAGUCGCAUUAUCUGGUACUUGCGCCACCAAAGGACUCCGUUCUGCCCUACGACUUAUCCCGGCGUUUGCCAACUUGGGGUCCACAAUAUCAGGUGCCCUCAACCGGGGCUGAAAAUGCCCCUCUUGGCGGUGUUGAUGUUGAACCCAAUGAACGCGCUCUUCUUGGACGCCUCCUCACUCGUAUCCACAAACUCGAUCCAGAUCUCAUUAUUGGCCACGAUCUAUGGGGUAACCAACUUGAUCUUCUUGUCCAUCGUCUCAUAUCUCACAAAGUCGCACAUUGGCAUAGAAUUGGCCGAUUGAGGCGUUCAGCGCACUUCACCGUCAACUUCAAUAGAGUGAGCUUCUUAAAUAAUGCAUUAAAGAGUGGACCGACUACCAGAAUUCACUGUGACGUCCAUUCUCAUUACAAUACUGCCCCUUGGAAGCAAUAUGUUUGUGAUACCCGAAUUUCCUCUCGUGAGUUAGUUCGAUCUCGUACCUACAAUCUCAGUGAGUUGACCUUCCAAAUUCUGGGUGGUGAUGCCAAAUCACGUCGCCACGUUCCGGCACCCGUCGCCCGUCAAUUUGCCUCUUCAGCAACUGCAGCCCUCUUUUCGGGCAAAGCGCCGGUGGCAGCAGCGCCUGAUAUCGACGAGGCUCUCAUUUCUGGAGUCGAUUUGGAGGUGGAUUCUGCGGAUUUGCGUUGUCUGUUUCUUACCGCCAAUGGAGUGAAAGAUCUUAUUGAUUUCUCCUUAUCGGAUGCUUUACUGGUUCUGAGAUUGGCUCAUCAGUUGCAGAUGUUGACCAAGAACCCAGAGGAUUAUCCCGAUGCCAAAUCUCAGCCUCACGUGCAAGUGGCUCUUCGAUUUAAUCAAUCGAUAGGUUCUGGUGGUGGUGGUGGUCAUCGUUUCCGAGCUGGUGACACUGUAGAAUACAUCAUUUGUGAAGAUGGAACAACGCGUUCGGCAGUUCAGAGAGCUUACUCGCCUGCUGAAUUGUCUUCUGGGAUUAAACCGUCAGAAAGUGGAGAAGAAUCCAAAAAUAAGGAGCCAAGGCAACUUAAAGUGGAUAUUCACUAUUACCUAGCCAGUCAAAUUCAUCCUGUUGUUUCACGUCUGGUAGCUCCAAUUGAGGGCACUUCUCCAGCACACAUUGCCGAUUGUCUUGGCCUCGAUUCAGCCUCCUACCGAAGGUCAAUGGCCACAUCUGCCGCUAUUAAUACUGGCGGUGAUGAGGAUGCUUUGCAAGAGGCUUCGGAUAGUGGUUCAAUGUUCCAAGGUGCAUUCUUAAACGAUGCGGAUCCGUUGACUAUCUCAUGUACAGCACUACGAGAUGGGAAACGGUGCCAGGGAAAAGCACUUAUUCGGUCCUCUCCAUUCACACAAGCUGGUCUUGCAACUUGGGUGGUAAGUUACUCGUUUUUUUUGUUAGUAGCAGGUUUCAUUGAUGAAGGAAUUCUGUGCUUAUGUUAG